GACGUGUGCCAGGGGGCGGGGCCAGCGCACAGGUAAUCGGUGCACAGGUGUAAACGUGAGUUUGUGGAGCUGCGGCUCGGAGUGUGGAGUUCUCCUCUCCGGUCUCGUGUUAUCCUCUCCGGUCUCCGGUCUCGGGUCUCCGGUCUCGUGUUGUCCUCUCCGGUCUCCGGUCUCGGGUCUCGGGUCUCCGGUCUCGUGUUGUCCUCUCCGGUCUCCGGUCUCGGGUCUCCGGUCUCGUGUUGUCCUCUCCGGUCUCCGGUCUCGGGUCUCGGGUCUCCGGUCUCGUGUUGUCCUCUCCGGUAUGGCCCACAGCUGCGUGGGUAAAUGCGCUCCGUUAUUCUUCCUCGCGCUGGUCUUUGACGCCGCCGGCCUCGUCGUGCUCCUGGUCGGGGUCUUCGGGAACCUGAGGCUGCACGGCCGCUUCUACGGGGACUUCCUGAUCUACACGGGCUCGGUGAUCAUCUUCCUCAGCCUGGUGUGGUGGGUUCUCUGGUACACCGGCAACGUCCAGCUGUACGCGCGCGAGGAGCGCGCGGGAAGCCUGGACCUGAGCUUUACGCAGUGGGCCAGGAAACUUUCAGAGAGGCUGAGCGGGGUGAAGACUCUGGAGGGAGGAGGACAGAAGAUGAAGAUGAAGGAGCAGCAGCAGCAGCAGCAGGAGGAGAAGAACGUGGGGAACGUGAAGGCGCUGAACGGGACUGUGCGUGCGUCCGCGCCGGCGAGGAUCAGCUGGGAGGACGGUGGCACCGGAGGAGGAACCGACAACCGAGGGUUCGACGGAGGCAGCGAGUGUCCUGAGAAGACCGUGGAGCUGGGAGUGUUGACGGCGGAGAAAGCGGAGAGGCUGCUGUGACCUGAGGAUGGACUGUGCUGCUGCUGCUGCUGCUGCUGCUGCUGCUGCUGCUGCUGCUGCUGCUGCUGCUGCUGCUGCUGCUGCUGCUGCUGCUGCUGCUGCUCAGAAACAGACUGAAAAAAAAACCCUCCACCUUAUGAACUGACGUCACUUUUUUAAAUCAGGGAAAAGUCCAGCACUCGUGUUUUUACACAGUGAACAAACACUGGGGCUGCAUCUUCAGCUUUGUUCAUUUGUUCAAAGAUGAUGUUUUAUACAGUUUUUUUGUUUUGUUCUGUCGCAUAUGUAAAUUAUUUAUUAUUCUUGGGGGAAUAAAGUUUACACUGUACGCCGCCAUUGUUUGAUAUCUGAACACCACAGUAACGCCCAUGCUGUGUGUGUGUGUGUGUUAGGCAUUUUGAUUUGCUUCCUUGUUUGACUUUCAUACACAGGAGCAUCGUUAAUCCAAUUUUAGCUGCUUUUUUUCACUGUUUUAUUUAAAACAUCUUGCACAUUUUGAUGCCAAUACAAGUUCUUGCUCCCACAACUGCAUUUAAAGUAACGCAUACCUCAUAAAAUAUACACUUGCUUAAGUCUACAGCAUCUUAAGAAUGUGUUUGCUGCUUUAUCUCGUUGGUAAAUUAGCUUUUCCAACAGGAAACGGAAGUCUGUAUCCCUGCUCGCUCUCCCACACCAAACCCCAUAGAGAAAAUGAUGGUUUUUAGCUCUCGGGCAGACGGGGAGCUGCUGGUCUGCCGCUGCCCCGUGUGGUCGGUUUGUGUCACGGAUGUAAAUCUGAACAAAGGAUUCUGUUAUUCUGUGACGCUGAAGUCCCAGAAUAACAAGUGUGAACUUCCUGACGAAGGUAGCAGUGGAACAACCACUCCUGCGUGCUGUGAUGUUAAAAUCGCAGUUUUUCUGUAUGGGGUUUGGUGUGGGAGAGCCAGCGAUCUGAAAAAGUGACACAAACUUCAGUUUCUGGUCAUAAGAAAGUUGUGUAAAGGUGAAAUAAAGCUCUGAACACAUUCAUAAGGUGGUGAUUGUGUUGAUUAUAUUAAAUUAGCCUUUUGUGUGUUGGCAAAUAUCUGUAUAAUCUGAAUGUCUGCAAAGGUUGCUUCUCCUGCCAGCAUCUCCCCCAGUGGGAGACUGUCUCAUUGACCCAAGCUCCUCCCCUCAUCUGGACAUUGUGGAAAUCUUCUUCUCCCUGUUGUGACCUCGUCUGACCCCCAGACGAUCUGAGAAAUCCCUGAAAAUCUCCAAAAGAAAAAACUAUUUUCAGGUUCACAUGUGAAAAACAUGUACAAGGUCUUGCCUCGCCUUCCAGGAAAUGUUCCUCCUCCUCCUCCUCCUCCUCCUGUCAGUCAGAGUCAUGACGGGAAGGAGAUGUGAGAUGUAGAUACAGGAAUGUGUGACCUGACUUCUCUCAGACUUACGAGAGGCAGGAGAAAGUGUCCUCCUCACAACAACAUGUGGGUAAACCAGUAAAACUGAAGAAGCGUCCAAACUUCCCUCACUGCUGACAUGGAGUACGCCGCCUAUCUCGGCCGCUGCCUGGUGUUCUUCCUCCUCGCCGUAUUCUUGGAUGUCGCAGGCCUCGUCCUCUUCUUCGUCGGGGUCUUUGCUCCCCUCAGCAUCUGGGUUUCUUCGUCUUCUCUGGGCCGCUGCUCCUUUUCCUCAGCCUGUUCUUCUGGAUCUUCUGGUACAUGGGGAAUCUGGAUGUGCCGUUGCAGGAGUUGCUCCCGGUGUGAGAUGCAACGGAGCAGCUUGUCGCAGGAUGUUCACGUUUUUACGAUAUGAUGUUCACCACGGGAAUAUGAUGGAAUAUGACAAUGGAAGCACAAACGUGGACCUUUUAGUAUGAAAAAAAACCAAAACAUUUUUAUGCUAAACAGGUUGGAUUUUGAAGAAACAUUUGUGGAAUGAUAAAAAAAAAAUACUAAUGCAACAUUUGAUUGAUUUUGUUUUCUGAUUUUAGCUCUUUAACAAGUUCUGGUUCCUUUUCCUGGUUCAGUGAAAGUAAAGUGAACAUAUUUUGUGGUCAAAACUAAACAUUUGAUAUUAUGGUUUGGAAUGCACCUAAAAUAUGUACAAAAACGAGAAUGGAGCCUUGAGGGACGCCACAACGUUUUUCACCACUUUAGAAAGUUUUUAAGUUGCAGUCCUACAAAACUUAAAACAUUCAAAUUAUUGUAUUUAACUUUGAUUUAAUCAUAUUAUUAGCUUUAUAAAUUGUAUUAAAGUAUGAAAUAAUAAUGUUACCACUGAAGUAAAGUUGAAUGUGACUAACAGCACAAACAUGGAACUAUAACAUUAAAUUGAUGACUAAAUUGUAUAAAAGUGUGUUUUCUGAUUUAACAAAUUCGGGUUCCUUUUCCUGGUUCAUUGAAAGUAAACUGAACAUAUUUUGUGAGCAAAACUAAAUAUCGACCUAAUCACGUAGAAAUGUCCAUAAACUGCUGUAAAUCGGGGGAAAACAGUGGCCCAAGAAUGGAGCCUUGAGGAAUGCCACAACAUCAGUCAUUUUAAGAAACAAUGAAUGGAUUAAAAUAAAACAAUUUUUUGUAGUCCUAUAAAUCUGUCUUAAAUCGUU